CUCUUAGCUAUCCUGAUCUCUUUGUACAAUGUCUUUCAAGGCCCUCUUUGCCAUCGCCUCCCUUGCUGCGAGUCUCUCUGGCUCCUCUGCAGCACUCACUCGUCGUGUUACUUGCCCUGAUGGCGUUAACACUGCUACAAAUGCUGCCUGUUGUCCUUUCUUUGCUCUUCGCGAUGACCUUCAAACCAAUCUGUUCGAGAAUGAAUGUGGUGAAGAGGUCCGCGGAAUGCUUCGUCUGGUUUUCCACGACGGGAUUGCAUUCUCGCCAACUCUUGGUGGUGGCGGAGCUGACGGCUCGAUCCUCACGUUUUCUGACACAGAACUGACGUUCGCCGCCAACGGUGGUAACGGCGGUGUCGAGGAUUUCGUCGACGCAUUGAAACCUUUCCUUGCGAAGCACAAUGUCUCCGCUGGUGACUUGGUUCACUUCGCUGGUGCGUUCGGCAUCACCAAUUGCGAAGGCACUCCCCAAGUUCAGUUCCUCGCGGGUCGUCCAAACGCCACUGCAGCAGCUCCUGAUGGACUCGUUUCUCAACCAGGAGACUCUGUUGAUACUAUCAUCGCUCGCUUCGCCGACGCUGGCUUCAGUUCGGACGAACUUGUUGCCUUGCUCGCAUCCCACUCACUCGCCGCGGCCGAUACACUCACAGGUACUGUUCAAGGUGAACCAUUCGACAGCACUGCGCAUAUUUUCGAUAGUCAGUUCUUCAUCGAGACACGUUUGCACUCCGCGAUUCCUGGAGAGGCUCGCCUUCCAUCCGAUGCGGCUAUCGCCCGUGACGACCGUACUUCGUGCACGUGGCAGAGCUUCAUUGACGACGAAAAUUCGAUGCGUAGCGCUUUUGGCGCCGCCAUGGCUAAGCUUGCUGUUGUUGGCCAGGACGUUUCUCAGCUCGUUGACUGCUCAGAACUCAUUCCUCAACCUCCGGCGCACAACCCUGACCCGUUCUUCCCUGGAACGUCAACCCUCUCCGAUGUCGAUGCAGCGUGCACUCAAACACCUUUCCCGACUCUUACGCAGAACACGGCUGUCACAUCAGUCACUCCCGUUAAUGAGUUCUGAGAAUUAAAUAACUGAUUGGUGUAUGGGUCGUAAUGUAGAGUUAAUAUUUGGUGUCUGAUUUUGGGCUUCUGGGUGUCUGUUGUCGUAACAUUAUGUGUUUUUUAUACUGCUCCGCCUGUGGUGAUAGGAAAACGAUACAUAAUUGUAUCUUGAUGUGUUAUGUGAAUGUACUUGAAUGUUACUAAAGAUUGACGGCAA